GCCAUUUUCCCGAAAACAACAACAACAACAACAACAACAAGUACUGAUCGCUGUGUCAAAAAAAACUGAGUGCUGUGUCUUCCUCGCGUGAUUUCGCGUGGAGUCCAAUGUUCGGUUUGAAAAUAUAUAUGGGACUUGUAGUCCAAAACAAUUGUACGUGCCCUCAAACUGAUAAACCCUUGAAAGACAAUAAUCUCGUGCGCGAGCAAACUCCAAUAAUUUUGGGAUAAAAAUAGGCCAUCACCUUCCUUGUCGCAGUUUGGCAGCUGUCGUUUUCAAUCACCUUGGAAAAAAUCGUAAACGCUGAGAUAGACGGACAAGUUGACUGAUGUGUUGACCACAGAUAUUGACCCAACGACACCAAACAGAGAGAGAAAUGUGGCGACGGAUCUCGGAAGACGACAGAGGAGUUGAACACUGAAUGUGAAACAUUGCUGAAGAUUGUUCAAGAUUGGCCGGAUUUGCAACAAACACAGGCACAGUAAUCAAGAUUAAAGGCGAGGAAUUCUGGAUUGUCGGGUGUUGACUGACUGUCAGAUACUGGGCGUCAUCAAGGGCACACAUGGCCCAUACAGUGCAGGACCACCAGAUGGCACAGCCCCAGGCAGCAGUGUUGUCUCUCCCUCCCUCCGGCCAGGCUAAAAGAUGGACAGUGUUGGACUCCCUGCUAUGUGGAGCAUUGGCAGGAGCCGUGGCCAAAACAGUCAUAGCUCCUCUGGACAGAACCAAGAUCAUCUUCCAAGUGUCUUCACAAAGAUUCUCUGCUAAGGAAGCCUUUAGACUCCUCUACUGUACAUACGUGAAAGAUGGCUUCCUCAGUCUGUGGAGGGGCAACUCUGCCACCAUGGUGCGGGUCAUCCCCUACGCUGCCAUCCAGUUCUGCUCCCACGACCAGUACAAGAGAAUUCUGGGGGGAUACUAUGGCUUCCAGGGAAAAGCCCUUACUCCUUUUCCACGUUUCCUGGCAGGGUCGUUGGCUGGCACCACAGCUGCCAUGCUCACCUACCCCCUGGACAUGGUGCGGGCCAGGAUGGCAGUGACACCCAGACAAAUGUACAGCAACAUUAUGCACGUGUUUGUGCGCAUUACGCAGGAGGAGGGCAUUAAGACCCUGUACAGAGGCUUCUGCCCGACCAUCCUGGGAGUGAUCCCAUACUCAGGAAUCACCUUCUUCACAUAUGAGACCCUCAAGAAACUGCAUGCAGAGAGGACUAGGCGGUCCCAGCCGUACUCCUACGAGCGUUUGGCAUUUGGCGCGUGUGCUGGCCUACUCGGCCAGUCGGCCUCUUACCCACUGGACGUGGUUCGCCGGCGCAUGCAGACGGCCGGGGUGACGGGCCAACAGUACGGCAGCGUCCUGAACACCAUGAAAGCGAUCGUGGUGCAGGAGGGUGUGGUGCGUGGACUCUACAAGGGCCUCAGUAUGAACUGGAUCAAAGGGCCUAUCGCUGUGGGGGUCAGCUUCACCACCUUUGACCUCAUGCACAACCUCCUGCACAAGAUGCACCAGUUGGGCUACUUCACACACUGAGCCAGCAGAGGGAGCCAGAGGAAAGGUUCACUGUCGAGACUAGAGUUGUCGUCCGUCGGUCACAGACACAAUAUGGAUCCUCUGCAAGUCGGAUAGAGAUUGAAAGGGGAGAGUGGAUACUGGACAGACAGGAGGAGACAGAAGCUGUCAGUUUAUUUAAGCGCACAUCCUCUGACACACAUUAAGCACGCACAGACCCCCCACUCUUGCUGUUGAUGGAUGGGAUGUCUGUAGAGCAAACAGGGUAGAUGUUUGAUGAGUUUGCAAUAUGAGAGGUAUGAGAAUGUGAAUGAUUUUACAUUUCCAUAUUUGUUUGAG